GUCGAGCCUUUCAACCCUACUAGCAACGCUACAAAAAUUUAUUUGCAAAAAAAAAAAAAACGAAACCGGAAAAAGUUUCAUAUACAGAAAUUGUAUAAAAUUGUUAUAAAUGUCAAUUGCUAGGCAGGCCAGCAUAAUCAACAAUUCUUCGUAGCGCCAGCCACGCAACUUUUAGUUUUGGGAAAUGUCGAUUUGUGGGAGUGGUGGUGGUGGCAGUGGAAGCAGUGGCGGCAGCAGCGGCAUCAGCGUCUCGGCUGGCGAUUGGAUUUGCCCAGAUAUUGACUGUCGCCAUUUGAACUUUGCGCGUCGCCUGCAAUGCAACAAAUGCAAUCGGGAACGCGAAAAUAUCAAUAGUGAGAAACCAGACAGAGAUCGAGACCGAGACCGAGGCAAUGGCAGUAGCGGUAGCAGCAGCAGUUCUUCCAAAAAGAAACUGGGCACAGAGAUUGGCAAAGUAGCCGCAGAUAAAUCACGAGGACUGUUCAGCGCAGAGGAUUGGCAGUGCAGCAAGUGUGCAAAUGUGAAUUGGGCGCGACGGCAGACUUGCAACAUGUGCAACGCACCCAAAUUCACGGAUGUGGAGGAGCGCACAGGCUUCGGUGGAGGCUACAAUGAUCGCGGCGUUGUUGAGUACAAGGAGCGCGAGGAUUCGGACAGCGAAUACGAUGAAUUUGGUCGGCGUAAGAAGCGUAAAAACAAUGAUAGGGGUGGCGAUGAAGAUAGCCGCAACAGAGGCAGAGAUGAGCCGAAACGCGCACGACGUAGUGAUAUUGAGGGCGAUGAGGAGGAGGAGGAGGAUGAUGACGAUGAUGGAGAUUUGUCCAAAUACGAUUUGUGGGGCGACAAUGAGGUGAGCUCCAGCAAUGUGAAGAGCAAGGACACGGACAACGGGACUAGCAACAACAGCAGCAGCGCCAAGGAGAAGCUAAUGCCAGCAACAACUGCCAGCAGUAAAAGGGCAUCACGUGCAUCCACCUCGUCCAUUUCCUCAUCAUCCUCAUCCAGUUCGUCCUGUUCCAGUGACUCAUCGUCAACUUCUUCAUCGAGUAGCUCUAGCAGCAGCAACGCUUCCAAUAGCAAGCGUGACCGGAGACGUUCAGAUGGACGUUCCCGUUAGGGACGGGGAUCUACUCGAUUCGAAUCUCCGUUGGGAGAGAACUCACCUUGUUUUUUUUCACUUUAUUGUGAGAGUUAACAAUUGUUUAUUUAUUUUUCUAAGCCCGCGCCACUCACCCAUGACAUGUAUUUGAGCUCCACCACUUCAAACCCUCU